GGGCCGGUCUCGGGCGCUCGGUGCCACCGAGGCUUUCUGUCCCGCUUCGGCCGCCGUCGGCUUCCCUUUCGGCCCCGUCCUCCGCCUCCCGGCGCGUCCGCUUGGCCCACCGCUCCGGCCCCGCCCGCCAUAUUGCCGCCGCCGCCGCCGCCGCCUUUGGAGGGAAGAGAGAGCGACGGACGCACGCAGGCAUGGAAACCAUGGCGAGCCCAGCAAAAGAGAACAAUUACAGAAUGAAGAGCUACAAAAACAAGGCACUGAACCCCGAGGAGAUGCGCCGGAGGAGAGAAGAAGAAGGGAUACAGCUACGCAAACAGAAGCGGGAGCAGCAGCUCUUUAAACGAAGAAAUGUGGAGCUAAUUAAUGAAGAUGCUGCUAUGUCUGACAGUCCUCAUGUAGACUCAUUUGUCAGUUCCACCACAGGUGGGGAAGGUGUAAUUACAAGGGAGAUGGUGGAAAUGCUGUUCUCCGACGACCCUGAUCUUCAGCUAAUAACUACCCAGCGCUUCAGGAAACUGCUUUCAAAAGAGCCCAAUCCUCCAAUAGAUGAAGUGAUCAAUACUCAGGGUGUGGUGGACAGGUUUGUGGAGUUCCUCAAAAAAAGUGAAAACUGCACAUUGCAGUUUGAAGCUGCAUGGGCAUUAACAAACAUUGCCUCGGGCACUUCACUACAAACCAAAAUAGUAAUAGAAGCUGGAGCAGUUCCGAUCUUCAUUGAAUUGUUGAGCUCUGAUUUUGAAGAUGUCCAAGAGCAGGCUGUUUGGGCACUGGGGAACAUUGCUGGAGACAGUUCUGCCUGCCGUGAUUACGUCCUCAACUGUGGCAUCCUCCCUCCCUUGUUGUUACUCCUCACAAAAUCCACCAGGUUGACAAUGACACGAAAUGCUGUCUGGGCCUUGUCAAACUUGUGCAGAGGGAAAAAUCCACCCCCUGAAUUUGAGAAGGUGUCAUCGUGUUUGCCAGUCUUGUCACGCUUACUCUUCAGCAGUGACUCAGACUUGCUGGCGGAUGCAUGCUGGGCCCUCUCCUACCUGUCGGAUGGCCCCAAUGAGAAAAUCCAGGCUGUAAUAGAUUCAGGGGUGUGUCGGCGACUGGUGGAACUGCUGAUGCACAGUGAUUACAAGGUGGCCUCCCCAGCUUUGCGAGCUGUUGGCAACAUUGUGACGGGGGAUGAUAUCCAGACCCAGGUGAUCCUGAAUUGCUCAGCUUUGCCUUGUCUCCUUCAUCUACUCAGCAGCUCCAAAGAGUCUAUCCGGAAAGAAGCUUGCUGGACGAUCUCCAACGUCACAGCGGGGAACAGUGCUCAGAUACAGGCAGUCAUAGAUGCCAACAUUUUCCCAGUGCUGAUUGAGAUCUUGCAGAAGGCUGAAUUUCGCACAAGAAAAGAAGCUGCUUGGGCAAUCACAAAUGCGACAUCGGGAGGAACCCCAGAGCAGAUCAAGUAUUUAGUCAACCUUGGCUGCAUCAAGCCCCUGUGUGACCUUCUGACUGUCAUGGACUCCAAGAUCGUUCAAGUGGCCCUGAAUGGCCUGGAGAACAUCUUGCGCCUGGGUGAGCAGGAGGCCAAACAGAAUGGCUCUGGCAUCAACCCCUAUUGUAGCCUCAUUGAGGAAGCUUAUGGCUUGGAUAAAAUAGAGUUUCUCCAGAGCCAUGAAAACCAAGAGAUCUACCAGAAAGCCUUUGAUCUGAUUGAGCACUACUUUGGCAUUGAUGACGAUGACUCCACUUUGGCUCCCCAGGUAGACGAGACCCAGCAGCAGUUUAUCUUCCAGCAACCAGAGGCCCCCAUGGAAGGCUUCCAGCUAUAACAUGUGUGCUGAGUGGGGGAAGGGGGGGAGAACAUCGUAACUUUGUUGGAAAGUUAACUGCAGAGAGCCUUCACACCCCCAGCCGUGUUCUCUUCUCAGCCAAACAGAAGCCUGCAAAGUGCCCACUCCACCUGUUACAAAACAGCUUUCUCCUUCACUGACACAUGGCAGCAGUACUUCGCGCUCAUGAUGAAGAAGAAGCAGAAGAAGAGAGAUUCUUACACACAAUACAUUUUUUUUCCUUUUUGCUGCUGCACAUGUGUGUCAAAAAAGCAGGUGCUGAGGUGGAUGAAAGUGGAGGUGUAAAUCAGUUACACCUUCUAAUGUGUGGUUUUCCUCUGGGGUUUUUUGUGUUGGUUUUUUUUCCCAAAUGUGUAUCUUCACUUGGGUAUUUGAGAGAUGACUUUUUUCCAUUGGGAGAAGGCAAAAUAACGUAGAUCACAACCAAGGAAUUUAAUCCUGGAUGCUUGGGUUCAGCUAUUUAAAAAAAAAUCUUUUUUGCACAUCUUGAUUUUUAUUAAAGACUCUUGAUUGAUCUGCCAAAAGCAGCACUUUGGCCCUCAUUGUUCUGUGUCCCCCCACCCCUGAAACCCUCUUGCCAAACAGCACCUUUUCAAGGGAUUUUGGCCAAGUUGCUGCUGCUCCUGCCCCCUCCUCAAAAAUAUUCCUGUACCCAGAUGCAGGAGAAGUUGGACAGCCCCAUCCCACCAGGCAUCAGAAGGACUGUCCUUCAUGGAGGGAUUCUUUUUUGAACUGCUUCAGAAUUCAAGCAGUACAGCAGUUCCCACUGUCUCCUGAAGGCCCAGUCUAAGGAAGAGGAAGAGGCCUAGGAUAAAAAGGACUCAAAGCACAGCUAACCAUGAAGGUGGGCUUCUCUUACAUUUGCUACUGACUGAAGUGUUGAACUGGUGGAGGAAACCUCAUCCUGCAUCUUUACUUGAAGAAAAAAUUCAAAACUUAUUGAAGCCUUUUGGUUCCAUGUCAUUUAUUUUGAAAGAAAUUCUUUCCCUUUUUUGGGUCUUGGCUGGCUGGGGUGGGGACAAACCUGACAUGUUUCCUGGAGCAGGUCUUGUGCCUGCACUUGGUGCACAAUCUGCUCUCAGCUCAAAGAGUCAAGUGGCCUGUGUUUUCUCAGAAUUACCUCCUGCUCAACUGUGUCGUAUACAUUCUACUUCAAAAUGAAGAAGAGAAAGCUCUGUAUUUUUUAUAUAUUAUAUAUACACGUAGAUAUUUGUCUAAUUUGGUCUCCAGAGGGGGGGAAACUAUAAUUCUUCUAAGGUAUAUAUAUAGGAUACUGUGUGGCAGGCCUGCCUAGGAACACAUGGCCAUGAAAACCUCUUUGGUUAUCUUGAGUUCUUCUUUUACCUACUGUAGGAAGUGCCAGAUUAGUUGAGCUCCCUUUACCAGGUAUAGAUUACUUGGCCAAGGCAAACUAUAAACUUAUUUCUGCGAUGGGGAAUGGCCCCUUCAGAUUGCUUAAAUGCUUACGGUAUGCACAUAUCCCCUCCCCCUUUUCUUCUUCUCACUCUCCGACAUUUGAAUUCAGGGUUCCCAAAGCAUUCAAGAAGAGACGUUCAGGCAGGUGUGAAGCUGGAUGCGAAACCUUGGGCUGCAUUUUGUAAUAGAGAUUUGCUCUUUGUUGUUUAAAAGGAAAAAAAAAAGUGAAACAAAUGCCAAGGAAACUAAUAAACUACAUCUGUGCAUUCAGUGAUUGCAAUCCAGAUAA